AUGCAGAUGCAGCCAAUGCUGAACAAAGAGUUUUGGCCCAAUGUGCUCUCAGCUUUUUAUGGGCUUGACGAUUACUUAGAGGCUAUUAUUGUUUCAAAAAGUUGCCCAUAUUUAAGAAUACAUCAUUUUCAGAGCUUGGCCCAGUUCAUUAGCAACCUAUUUGUGUUCUUCUUCAUCACUUUGCGCCAUAUAUUUGACUUUGCGAGUGCCUGUGUACUCCGGCCAGGCGUGUUCAUCUUCGUCCGACUACGAUGAGGGCUCUGCCAACGGUAUGUUCCAUAGCGAAGAUAUACUGGGGUUCAGCUCUCGACAAAGGCACUUAAGAUAGGAUGGCGAAUUAAGGCCUCUCCACUAGGCAUAGAGCAUUCCUCUUGUGCAUCGCAAGACCUGGCUGUACAUCCAUGUCCAGAUCUUCGCUCCUCGCUCCAGCCGGCAAUCUCCCAAUCGAAAGCGCAAAUCAAAUUAGCCAGAGAGAGCUCCACAUUUGCAAG